UUUUGUCCCUUUCGACCAUAUUAUCGCCUGUUUUCUCUCGACAUCUUUGGUUAGAAAUUUUUUACCUAUCAAGGAAACAAAGAAACUUAAUUUUCAACUACUUGAUUAUGGAAAACGAUGUCACCUAUUUUCUCAGUACUUGAUUUAACCAUCGUCGCUGUAACUUGUCUUUUAAGAUUCCCUACAAAGAAAUUUGCUUUAAUUAAUUACUAUUAUGGGAGCGUUUGUUUGAGGUCUAUUAUUUGCCAUAUUUUUAAUGUAAUUUUCUUUUUGUGUACCUUUUUUUUUGCUCUCCGUGUUUAUUACUUACUUACUACUCAUUUAUUUGCGUUUCCUCGUCUUACAAUUUUUCGUCUCGCUGCUAGUGGUUUUCAGCUGUUGUUCAAUUUUGGGUGAUAACACUUGGGUGUUCAUUUAACACUUGCUAGUGGUAAAUGAGUCAAUCAAGAGAUUUCACUAAAAUUCUUUUCAAAAGCAACAUUCUGCUUUCAACUACUUAGCUCCUUUAUUCAUUUUUUAGCUGAAACAAGGUACUAAAUCAUGAAAUCAGCAGAGAAAUGUUGUAAAAGUGAAUACAGUAAAGCUCAGUUUGAGUGCUCGGUUCCACCGUGACAUUUGUACCUUGACUCACUGAGGUCCCGCAACUUAUGACUUGCAAUUUUCCUGUUGCAGCUUUUCCCAUAACAGUUUUAAUUUCUGUUUGUAUCAGACUCUAAUGGAAUAAUAUAGCAAAACUAGGAUUAAAAGGCAUUUACUGGAAUCAUUUGAAAAUUGAAAUGCGUAGGUAACAACGAAAAUCAUUCAUGCAGUCCUAACUGUGAAAAAUCAAAACACUUGAAGCUGAAUGUUUAUCAAAAGAAAGUUGAUAAUCAUGUGUGAUUUUAUUUUUGAAGCUGAUUAGGACAGAAUUAGGCCCUGUGCUUUUCCCGGUGGCUCAUUUUCAGUUCACUGAUAUAAGAGUGCAAGCAAUUAGUCCUGGAAACUGAAUAACAUAGUGUUUAUCUUUCUUAUCCCUCUUUCUUUGUGUAUGGUUGUCUCCACGCACAUAUUUGCAAGCUGAAUAAGAUUCCUUGUCAACUGUGAGAGUAUCGGAGCCGAUGUAAAUCAAAAACUUUUCCGCGGAUUCCCAACCACAGCAGCAGUGAGGGAGGGACACCAAGAGAUCUUGGAGAUGUUAAUCAAAGCUGGGGCAUCUCAGCAGGCUUGUGAGGAAGCUCUGUUGGAGGCCAGCUGUCAUGGGCAUGCAAGAUUUGUCGAGAUGCUCAUGGAAUCAGAAAUGAUUCGACCUCGGAUUGCUGUACAUGCUUUCUUCACUGGAUGCUGCCGUGGAUUUGGAGAUGUUGUGGACACUCUCCUUAAGUGUGGAGUGAAUGUCGAUACUACAAAUCGUGUGUUGCUCCAGUCAUGCAAACCUUCUCUGCAUACAAAUGUUGACUGCUCGGCGCUUGUGGCUGCUGUUGUUAGUAGGCAAGUCUCUGUAGUCCGUCUACUCCUUGAGGCUGGCGCAAAAACUGAUGGCCCAGUCCAUCUUGGAGCUUGGUCCUGGGAUGCAGCUUCAGGUGAAGAAUUUCGAGUAGGUGCUGGAUUAGCAGAUCCCUAUGCCAUUACUUGGUGUGCUGUGGAGUACUUUGAAGCUAGUGGCUCUAUUCUGCAAAUGCUCCUCCAGCGGCUCGCCCCCAGUACACUCUGUGGAAGAUCUCUUCUCCACCAUGCUAUUCUUUGUGGUAAUGCAGGAGCAGUUUCAGUGCUUCUGAAAUGUGGUGCUCAUGUAGAAUCUCCAGUUAAAACCUCUCGGAAUGUUGAGUUCCGCCCUAUACAUAUGGCAGCACGACUUGGGUUCUCAAGCGUUAUUAAAUGUUUGAUUGACUUCGGCUGUGAUAUAGACUCAAGAACGGACACAGGAGAUACAGCUUUAAUGAUCUCUGCGAGAUUCAAGAGGGAAGACUGCCUCAAAGUAUUGACUAUAGCUGGUGCUGAUUUUGGUUUGGUUAAUGCAGCUGGUGAAUCAGCAAGCUCCAUUGCUGCAUCCAGUCGAUGGAAGCUUGGUUUUCAAGGUGCAGUUCUGGAAGUCAUUCAGAGUGAAAAGAUUCCCAAGUCAAGCAACAUGUCUGUCUUUUUGCCAUUACUGUUUGUGGCUCAAUCCAGGGACCUUUUAUCCUUAAAGGCUCUGAUUGCACGAGGAGAUAUUGAUCUGGAUAGCCAAGAUGACCAAGGUUUCUCCGCUGUAAUGAUCACCGCUGCAGAGGGUCAUGUAGACGGCUUCAGAUUGCUUGUGCAUGGCGGGGCUAAUGUCAAGCUGCAGAACAAAUCUGGGGAGACUGCUGUUACCCUCUGUGCACUAAAUCAAAAUCGUGAUCGGUUUGAAAAGGUUCUGCUCGAAUUUGCUCUUGAACAGGGUAGUCGAAACGCUGCAGGUUUCUAUGCACUGCAUUGUGCAGCUCGAUGUGGCGACUUGGAUGCAGUUAAACAGUUAACAACCAGGGGUUAUGAUGUAAACAUGUCCAAUGGGGACGAUUACACACCACUCAUGCUUGCAGCAAGGGAAGGGCAUGGCCGCACAUGUGAAUUCUUAAUCUCUUGUGGGGCACGAUGCGAUAUCAAGAACGCAUUGGGUGAAACUGCACUUUCCCUUGCUAGGAAGACACAGAAAAAUGAGGCAGAGAGGGUGAUACUGGAUGAACUUGCUAGGAAACUGGUCUUAACCGGUGCCCAAGUGAAGAAGCACAUAAAGGGAGGUAAAGGGUCUCCACAUAUGAAAGUUCUUAAAAUGGUUGAAGCUGCUGGAAUAUUGCGUUGGGGAAAAUCAAGUGGGCGUAAUGUUGUAUGCCGGGAGGCAGAAGUGGGGCCGAGUUUGAAGUUUCAGAAGAUCAGGCAAAGAAAAGGUGAUGCUGAGCUACCUGGAAUAUUUAGGGUGAUCACGACCAAGAACAAGGAAGUGCACUUUGUGUGUGAGGGUGAUUACGAGACAGCAGAGCUUUGGGUGAGGGGAAUAAAGCUUGUGACAAGAGAAGCUAUUUUUAGCAAGUAGAGAUAUUCCUCAGCGAUAAGCAAGAGGAUGUAGAUGUAUAGUUAUUAGCUUACUACUUCAUUGUCAUAUGCUUAAAAGAGUUAUUACUCAGUGUAGAGUUUUUCUCUUUUAGUAUCUGUAGUACUUCAUCUUGUAGUACUUCGUCUGUAAAUGCCAUCUUAACGAGAAAAAGAACAGUUGAGAAGAUGAUAGCUUUUAUUGCC